AUGAUCGACAACGUGGACGUGGCGGGCUACGUCGCCGGCGGCUACCUCGCGUUUGUCUUCCUCGGGCCCAGGGUGUUCGCCAAGCUGACCGGCCGCGGCAAUGCGGCGGCGGCGGCGGCACCGCAGGUGCGGAGCGAAGACGGCACCGGGUCGCCAGCGGUGCGACAGGCGAUGGUCGUGUGGAACCUGCUUCUCUCCAUCUUCUCCAUCUUCGGCACCAGCACGGUGACGCCGAGGCUCAUCAGCAACCUCGCGUCGAAGGGAUUCUACGAGGCGACGUGCAAGUUCACCGAGGAGGAGUUCUACACCACUAACGUCGGCUUCUGGAUGGGCAUUUUCGCCCUGUCGAAGAUGCCGGAGCUGGUCGACACCAUCUUUCUGGUGCUGCAGGGCAAGCCGAAGCUGCCGUUCCUGCACUGGUACCACCACGUCACGGUGCUGCUCUUCUCGUGGCACACGUACUGCGUCGGCAGCUCCUCCUACAUCUGGGUGGCGGCGAUGAACUACAGCGUGCACUCCAUCAUGUACCUCUACUUCGCUCUGGCGGCGAUGGGCCACAAGCGGCUUGUGCGGCCGCUCGCGCCGUACAUCACCAUCAUGCAGAUCCUACAGAUGGUGAUGGGCUGCUUCGUCAGCGUCUACGCGAUGAAGGAGAGCUACGACGGCCGCGGCUGCGGCAUGACGUGGUCGAACAUGCGCAUCCAGCUGCUCAUGUACACGUCGUACCUCUACCUCUUCUCGGAGAUGUUCGUCAAGGCAUAUAUAUUCCCGCCGAAGCGGCCUGCUGUUGCCUCGAACGGUUCCGCGAAGAAGGCCGACUAA